AAGGGGGAAGCGCCGAGGCUGCCUGACUGGAAUGAGGGUAGCGGCGGCGUCUGCGGGAGCCGGGCCGGCCAUGGCGGUGUGGACGCGGGCUACCAAAGCGGGGCUCGUGGAGCUGCUCCUCCGGGAGCGCUGGGUUCGAGUGGUGGCCGAGCUGAGCGGCGAGAGCCUAAGUCUGACAGGCGACGCCGCGGGCCAGCCGGAGCCGACUCUGGGGCCGGCGGCGGCUUUCAACGGCCCCCGGAGCGGCGGCGGCGCGGGCGCCUCGCGGCCGGGGAGCCGGAGCCGAGGCCUGGGGCCCCCGAGUCCGCCCGCACCGCCGCGGGGUCCCGCGGGCGAGGCGGGUGCUUCGCCGCCCGUGCGCAGGGUGCGGGUGGUGAAGCAGGAGGCGGGCGGCCUGGGCAUCAGCAUCAAGGGCGGCCGCGAGAACCGGAUGCCGAUCCUCAUCUCCAAGAUCUUCCCGGGGCUGGCGGCGGACCAGAGCCGGGCGCUGCGGCUGGGCGACGCCAUCCUGUCGGUGAACGGCACGGACCUGCGCCAGGCCACUCACGACCAGGCCGUGCAGGCGCUGAAGCGCGCGGGCAAGGAGGUGCUGCUGGAGGUCAAGUUCAUCCGAGAAGUAACACCAUAUAUCAAGAAGCCAUCUUUAGUAUCAGACCUGCCAUGGGAAGGUGCGGCUCCCCAAUCACCAAGCUUUAGUGGCAGUGAGGACUCUGGUUCUCCGAAACACCAGAACAGCACCAAGGACAGGAAAGUCAUCCCUCUCAGGAUGUGCUUUGCUGCUAGAAACCUAAGCAUGCCAGAUCUGGAAAACAGAUUGAUAGAACUACAUUCUCCUGAUAGCAGGAACACGUUGAUCCUCCGCUGCAAGGAUACAGCCACUGCACACUCCUGGUUCGUAGCUAUCCACACCAACAUAAUGGCUCUCCUCCCACAGGUGUUGGCAGAACUCAAUGCCAUGCUUGGUGCUACCAGUACAGCGGGAGGCAGCAAGGAAGUCAAGCACGUUGCCUGGCUGGCAGAACAGGCAAAGCUGGAUGGUGGAAGACAGCAAUGGAGGCCUGUCCUCAUGGCUGUGACUGAGAAGGACUUGCUGCUUUAUGACUGUAUGCCGUGGACAAGAGACGCCUGGGCAUCGCCAUGCCAUAGCUACCCUCUUGUUGCCACAAGGUUGGUACAUUCUGGAUCUGGAUGUCGGUCACCCUCCCUUGGAUCUGACCUUACAUUUGCUACCAGGACAGGUUCUCGGCAGGGCAUUGAGAUGCAUCUCUUCCGGGUGGAGACACACCGGGAUCUGUCGACCUGGACCAGGAUACUUGUUCAGGGUUGCCAUGCCGCAGCUGAGCUGAUCAAGGAAGUCUCCCUAGGCUGCACCUUAAAUGGCCAAGAAGUGAGACUCACAGUCCACUAUGAAAAUGGAUUCACUGUCUCCAGGGAAAAUGGAGGCUCCAGCAGCAUUGUAUACCGCUACCCCUUUGAACGGCUGAAAAUGUCCGCUGAUGAUGGCAUCAGAAACCUCUACCUAGAUUUUGGUGGUCCUGAGGGGGAGCUGGCCAUGGACCUGCACUCUUGUCCAAAGCCAAUUGUGUUCGUGCUGCAUACUUUCUUGUCAGCCAAAGUCACGCGCAUGGGACUGCUCGUGUGAGCAGCAGACGUCAGAGAAGAGCCGUGGCUACCGCAAGAAGGAUUUCCACCUC